CAGUGCGCGACGGCGACGGUGUGCCUGCCAGCCGGCGUUCAAAUCACAAAGAGCCGCGAGAGAUCAGUCCCCGUAUCGAGAUCAAAAGAGGGUGUCGUCCGCGCGAAUCGUCGCGAGCAACAAUCGGUCUCGCUCCACCAAGAAGUAUCGAAUCUGAAAAGUAGGAUUUUUCAAGCAAAAAUUAUUAUUACAAUUUCGAAAGUGUUCGACAAACAUGACGCUUGGAUUUCCAUUUGUGAAUUCUGUGGAGAAGACAACACAACAGUGCGUCAUCUCAAAAUUCGUCCACGAUUCUUCUUCGGGAUAGAGCGGGAAUGUUACGUCGUUCGUGAGCGAAGGGCGUUGAAGGACGUCCUCGUUGGACAAUCCGAGGCAUCUCCGCGAUAAGCUCGAUCGAGACACGAUGUACGGUUUGUACAGAGCGUGGUUCGGCGGCGGUACCACCACCGGCGCCAGCUACCCCUGUCUCCAGGACACCUUCUCGCCGCCCGACACGGUCGUGCGGGUCGGUAACGAGGGCGAGCACCAGUUCGUCGCGCACAAGGGCGUGCUCGCGGCCCACAGCGGAUACCUCAAGGCCCUGCUGGCGAGCGCGGCGACGACGACGACGACGACGUCGUCGUCGUCGGCUGGCUCGCCCUUCGAUUCCUCGUGCGCGACCGUUGCCGUCACCGCGACCAACGGACAGUCCCAGCGACCGGUCACCUCCGUGUCGGUCUCGUCCAUUGGUGGAGAGGCUUUCGCGCCGCUGCUCAACUACAUGUACACCGGGCGGCUGGAGGUGACACUGGACAACGUUUACAGUGUACUACUGGCGACGCAUCUGUUGCACAUGCCGGGCGCCCUGGAGCAGUGCAGGGCCGCGUUGCUGAGGCUGCGGGCGCCGCCGCCGCCGCUGCCCACGUCGUCGCUGUCGACGACGACCCCUGGCUCGCCGCCGAUCGGGGGGACCAGCAUCUUGCGGCCCAUACCCAGUCGGCUGGUGGUGGGUCCACCUCUUUGCUGGCCCCCGACGACUCCGCUGGCUUACUCGCCCGCUGCCCCGGCACCGGCGACCCUGUCGCAUCAUCUGCCGCCGUCGAUGCAACCCCUGAUGCGACCCACGACCGUUCCGUCCAGCGUCGUCACUCCCAGGGAGAAGGAACAGUGCGCGCAUUAUAGCGCCGGCGAGGUGUCGAAGUCGCCGCAGUCUUCACCGACCUUGCAUACGCAUCACAAACGUCCGAGGCCGAGCUCCAGCAGAUCGAGGACCCCGGAGAUCGUGUCAACGGUGUCGACUCUACCGUUCGUGGCGGCGGCCGCGGCCGCGUUCACCGCGUUCGCCGUGACGAACAGCAGAGCGAAUUCCACGACGAGGACGUCAUCUCCGUCGCGCUCGAUCUCGCCGGCGCCGACCUCCGUGUCGCGGACGCACUCGCCCACCCAUCAUCGCGACAACAACACGGACAACACCUCGACGAUGGACCGCGACGAGGCUCAACGGGAAUCCGAGGUCGCCGUCAGGUCGCGCAAUCCCGACCAUGGCCAACCACGGCGACUGGAUUCGUCGGAGGACGGGACGUCGAAUCGUAGUCACGGAAACGCCGCGGUAUCGGAACGAGAGAACCGGGCGCGUUCGUCUCGUCGUCGUGCGCGAACCUCGGCCGCGAGGGAGACUGCCUCCUCGUCGUCGAGCACCGUCUUCUCCGUGAUAUACGACAUCGCGUGCUGCGACGGACCCGUACGCUUCCACCGAGUUCUGAACGAGAACUACUCCUCGGCCACGUCGUCGUCGUCGUCGUCCCACGGAUCCGGCUCGCAGAUACGUCCGCCGAGGAACUGUCAGCUGACGGCGGAGAGCGAGGACCCGUUGAGCGAGAACGACGAAAACGGUGGACCGGCGACGAGACGCAGGGGCGAGCUCACGUGCAGCCCCAGCAACAACGACUCCAGCAACGACGGCAGCAACAACCCCAGCAACAGCGGUUGCUACACUUGCGGCUAUUGCAAGCACACCUUCAAGUCGCAAUAUUGCUACAGGAAGCACGCCAAGCGGCACUUGCUGCCGCCGACGAGAAUCAACGAGACCACCAGCAGCAACAACGGCGACGACGCUCUGAGACAGGAAGCUACUGCUGCUGCUGCUGCCGCUGCCGCAGUCACCACCACUGCCGUCGCCGCCGCUGCCGCUGUCGCCCGUGGAAAUAAGAGGGAAGUCAGGUUGCUGGAUCUGAACGUGCAGUACUACCCCUGCAAGAUCUGCGGCUGCAAGUUCCCGAGUUACUAUUUCGUCCACAAGCACCGCAAGCUCUGCCACGCGAAUGACGAGGAGAGGCAGGCCGCUGUCGACGGAACCAACCCGUCGAGUCGCGACGCGAACGCGUCAUCGUCCCCCCAGGAUGCUCCGUGAAACCGGAGGACGCGAUGUCUCGCGCUCUGGAUAGAUUUUUCCCUCAUCUAUUCUCAACGCAAAUAUUCGUGGACGGAAUUUCGCAAGAGGAAUAACACUUCAACGAUAAAUGGGACUCAAAGUAUCGAUAUUUGCGCAUCGAAUAUACGAUUGCAAAUAAAAUAGAUUGGCAAUUAAAAAUCGGAUUCUAUUGUAGAAUGUAAUAUAAAUAAUGGACAUUAUAUGCUUAACAUCCAAUAUUAUAUAAAGCACACUUUCAAAUUACCUCAAGAAUUGUAUAAACUGAUUAGCCUAGAAAACAAGCUCCCUAAGAACGAUCGAAAAUCGAUAUUUAUACCAUUAUUGAUUUACGUUUAGAUAGAUAAUAAUUAAUUCUCUCUUUCCUCUCAUGCGUAUUCUUUAACGUUAUAUAUGUAUAUCUUGAUGUUGCAACACACGCCGCAAUAUUUGAUGUGUUGAUACAUUCUAUUUCGCGUAUCAACAAACUGUAUAAAAUAAGAAUAGAAGUAUCUGCGAUGUAAUUAUGUAGCUGAUGUAGCCAAAUUUUCAAUAUAUAUAUAUAAAUAUAUAUAUACACAAACAGUUUAACUGUGAGAAAAAUGAUAGCUACGACGAAUAAAAAAUAAACGUUAAU